UUCGAUGGCUGUCCGGUCAACUUUGACAGCAUCCUGUGCUGGCCGAGAACGCCAAGCAAUACCUGGGCAGUGCUUCCAUGCUUCAAGGAGUUCAAGGGUGUCGCUUAUGAUUCACGCCAAAAUGCAACCCGCUACUGUCAUCCGGACGGAAAGUGGGACAAUUACAGCCACUAUACGGCGUGUCAUCACAUGACCGAACCACCGCCGGACAUAGUCGAGGUCACGUCGAUCAUCUACUACUCCGGGUACAUUGUUAGCCUAGUUGCGUUAAGUCUCGCUGUGAUAGUUUUCGUCUACUUCAAGGAUUUACGUUGCUUGCGUAACACGAUCCACGCAAAUCUGUUCAUCACCUACAUUCUGUCCGCUCUGAUGUGGAUUAUCAUUCUGACGCUGCAGCUCUCCGGCAGCCAGAGUGGCAUCGCAAGUUGUGUAAUACUUGUUACCCUGCUGCACUACUUCACGCUAACCAACUUCUUCUGGAUGCUGGUCGAAGGACUCUAUCUGUACAUGUUGGUUGUGGAAACGUUUUCCGGCGAUAACCUGCGGUUCAAUAUGUAUGCGGCCAUCGGAUGGGGAGGACCUGGGGUGUUUGUGGUUCUCUGGGUCAUUGCCAAGGGCAUCACCAUCUCCGGUCUGGAUCAGGCGACCACGCUGGAAAUCGACUGUUCCUGGAUGCGUGAAUCAACGGUGGAUUGGAUCUUCCAGGGGCCCGUUUGUGCGGUGCUCAUCAUCAAUCUAGUGUUUCUCAUUCGAAUUAUGUGGGUGCUAAUUACCAAACUUCGCUCGGCCAACACCGUCGAAACGCGCCAGUACCGGAAAGCGUCGAAAGCCCUGCUGGUGCUAAUCCCGCUGCUCGGCAUCACCUACCUGGUGGUCCUGGCCGCACCGUCCGAGGGUGUCGUGAGUGACAUUUUCGCCGUCGCUCGAGCACUGCUACUGAGCACACAGGGCUUCUCGGUGUCCCUAUUCUACUGCUUCCUCAACUCGGAGGUCCGACUGGCCCUGAGGCACCGGCUCGAACGGUGGCGAGACGAGCGCAACAUCCGGAUAGGUCAAGUCCGGCAGCGAAGUCGCCGGCCACUAACCUACAGCAAACGCGAGAGCUGCGCGUCUUCGGCAACUACGACCACCCUGCUGGGACCUCCGAUGGGGGCGCAUGGUGCCUAUCCGAGCUCGAUGCGCGGUUCCAAUGGCGCUCUGCACUUGCAUGCGAUGGCACCGAGGGCAAUCAGUCCGCUGAUGCAGGGCUUGGACGAAAACUCCGUCUAAUGCGAAAGUCAUCAUCGUCAUCAUCUUUCACGAAGCUCUACCUUUUCUGUUGGGAUUUCCAGCUAGCCAAAUCUAACGAAUCUCUUCCAUUUGUUUUCAUUGGUUUCAACUAAAUGUUUCUUGUAUGCUUCACGCUGUAAGUUAACUUUUGCCUAUAGGAUUGUACAUAGGAAGCGAGACUGGAGGUUUGUAAAUUAAAACAAUUGAUUAUGUGUGGAAUCUCUACUGUUGGAUCAUCGUACCGAGCUGUGUGCAUAAACUAGGAGAAUUAUAUUUUCGAGAAGAAAUAUUUAAUAAUUGUUAGGAUUUUGUUGAUCAGCCUAUUUGGAAUCAAGCUAGUCUAGUGGAAAUUUAACAAUUUGAAUAAUUUUAAAUGCAGCGAUAAAAUGUCAGUUGGUAAACGAUAGGUAAAUGUGAAAUCAGAAUUCAAUGAAGUUUCUCUUUGGCAAAACAUUUCUGCAAGGCACAUCAAUAACCGAAAUGCAUAACUCUGGAGGAAAUCAUGACAGUAACAAAAAUGUCCUCUAUCUCUUUAUAAAUGUUGAUACCAGAUAAAUUUGUACACUAUCUGUAAAGCAAAUACACAAAAACACUUUCUUUAUCAUUUUUUUUUUUUCGAUGAUAUAAAUAUAAUGUCAACUGAAAUGGGAAUCAAAGGUGAUAUAUAUUU